UUGAGUGAAUUUGGGCUGUGGAACGGCAUUCCACGGCUCCACUCACCGGCCCAAACCCUCCACCUCUGCGUCGGCACCCGCUGCCUGAUCUUCCAGCUCUACCGCGCCGAUAGGGUUCCGCUCUCCCUGCGAAAAUUCCUCUACCACACCGGCAACACCUUCGUUGGGCUGUGGAACGGCUCCGACCAGCGGAAGCUGUACGAGUCGGAGCACGUGGUUGGCAUCCACGAUCUCCUGGAUCUGAGGAAGUACGCGGAGGCCGACGACGGGAGGAGCCUGAGAGGGGCGUCGGCGGAGGAAAUUGUGAGGAAGGUGCUGGGUUACGAAGGGGUGAGAUUGGAGAAGGAAAUUAGCCUGAGCGAUUGGGGGAGAAGGGAUCUUGAGCGCGAUCAGGUUAUGCAAGCUUGUGUUGUGUUGAUGCUUACGUUUCUUUUCGGAUUGGGAGAGAUCUGCGAGCUUGGGAGCUCUGAAUUGAAGAUGGAAACGAAUUGGAGGUGA